AUGGAGAGCCCAUUCUACGGAAGCUACUGGUCCCGACCCUCUCGCCCCCGCUAUCCUGUCUAUCCGUUUCAACCUAAGCCGGUUGAUGAAGCGCCGAAGUCGAAGACCGUUCAGAUUCCGGUCCACUUCGUACGGUCGGAGCCUACCCGAGCCGAUGCUGCGUUGAAGAUCCAGAAGGUGUUUCGAGGCUUUCUGGUGAGGAAAAGCAUGAAUCGCGUGAUGUCCGUUGCGCGGGAGGUGGAUGAAAUUGAGCGGAGAGUUUCGCAGAGCGAAACGGUGGAGGUUUUGCGGAGAGACGAGAGGGAGAGGAUCCGCGUCAACGAGAUGCUCAUGUCUCUGCUCUUCAAAUUGGAUUCGGUUCGCGGCGUUGAUUCGGGAGUUAGGGUUUGCAGGAAGGCUGUCACCAGAAAGGCCAUUGCUCUGCAAGAGAGAAUUGACGCAAUUGUUAACUCCAAUCAACAAACUGUAAUGGAUAAUGGCGACAGUGAAGCUGCUAAGGUGUGCGAUUCUCCUGAAUCAGUUGAUCAAACACCAUGUAUCGAUGAUUCGUCUGAGAGUGAACUUGAAACUGGAAAUACUGCCGAUCAAUCUGAUAAUCCUGCUCAAAUUGAUACCGAUGGUGUUGAAAAACCUAACGAUUCUCCAGUAGAAGGAGGAAACGUUGAAAAAUCCGAAUUGGAGGAUAAUGAGCGCGAUGAGACACAAUCAAUGGGAGGAUUUGUUUCAGAGGUAACAAAUGCGAAGGCGGAGAAUGAAGGAGCCGAGGAGAAGAAUGGAAGCCUGGAGAUAGCAGAGACUAGCAACAGGGGAUAUGAAAACAACAGAAACAGAGAAUUGCUGGAGAAGAUGAUGGAGGAGAAUAGAAAGAUGAUGGGAUUGAUGGCACAGCUUUCAGAGAGAAAUGAAGCGCAGACAAGAAUGCUGGAAGCGCUAACGCAGCGUGUGGAGCACUUGGAGAAAUCUAUCGUCUGUGAUAGGCUAAGAAGGAAGAAGAUGAAGAAGAAGCAUACACCUUGA